AAAUUCUAGUCAGCCAAGCGUAUCGUAGUUGUAGGCCAAGUUGUUAUUGCUAAAUUUGCAUGUGUGUACUAGAUCUACAGACUCUAUUUCACCUUUAGUUUGCCAGAGAAUAUGCAGAAAAAAAUGCAGAUUACAACAUGGUGGUCGGCAAAGGUAUCUGCGUAUCUAAACUAUUACCCUCACUUGAGACACCUGCACCUCACGGCAGUCACAGUGUCUCCGACUGUCUAGGCUUGUGGACAACCAAAGCACAUGUGUGCUGUGAGGAAUUAAUUGAAAGGAAAGGAAAAGAAUGGCUUUAAGAAGGAAAUAUCGAUUCAACAAAUCCUUCUUUGGUUUUGCUUUCUUCAUAGUUUUGUUAUUAUACUUUUUGCUGUAUAGAAACCUAGACAUUACAGCUGGAGAGAGUUUAAAGAGUAGAGAGCUUAGCCCCAAGUUCUAUGGAGCAAUCACUUUGGACAAUAUUGGAGAAAGACUUACUAUCAUAAUUCAUGACUUUGAAGACUUUGAAAAUACACUUCUUGAAACAACUGAUCUUAUUAAACAAUCUUUAGGACAUGUUCCUGUAUUAAUAAUAUCUAAUCGUUUACCAUACCCACCAGUAAAAUUAGAUUCAGAGUAUGCACAGAUUAUUACUCUGUCAAAGGACUUAUAUAAAAACUAUACCAGUGCUUGCUCUUUACAGUUUGUGAAUACACAGUAUGUUUUGUUACUUCCAGACGGUGUUAAAAUUAGGAAUCUCCAGCAAAUACAACAUUAUGUCCAGAUUUUACAUAGCAAAAAAAUUACCAAAGCUGUAGCCAUUCCUAUAAAAGAAGACAGUCUUUCAUGUAGUACAUUUGAUUUUGAUUAUAAAACAUGGACAAUAGUUUACUACAGUAACUUCAGCUCAUCUGCUAAUUUGUAUCACUGCCCACAAGUGAAUGGUGCACAUGCAUUAUUAAUGGAAACUAAGUCUUUCAAAUCACUUCCUGAACCAUUCUCUCGCCCUUUCCCUUUGACUUUCUAUAUCCAAGCCAAAAUAGCUGGCUGGAGAGUGAAAAUAGCAAAAGGUGAAAAAUUGGAAGUUGUAUCAAAACUGUAUUCUGAUCCCCAUAUUAGCUGGAAGCAUAAAAAAUCAGAAUCAGAAAGGCUCGUAGAUUUUUAUACAAGUGUUGGGAUAAAGCAUGAAAUUUCAGUAAAUAAAAUGCAUAGAUAUUUUGGUUGUGAUAAAGACAGUCCACGAUGUUUUGGUACAAUAGUAAAUGAUAUGCCAGAAUACUUAUAUGAAGGCAGAUGGACACCUCCAUGCUGCCUGAAAGCCCUUAGAGAAACGGCGGCACAUGUUUUUAAGGUAUUAGACAAAUGCCUUGUGAAAUACUGGCUGGAAGGAGGGAGUUUAUUGGGAGCUGCACGUUUAAAAGAUAUCAUACCAUGGGACUAUGAUGUGGACAUAGGGAUAUACAGAGAGGAAAUCAAACAAUGUCCUGAACUGGUCAAGGCCCAAUCAGAGUCAUACACAGACAGUGAAGGGUUUGUGUGGGAAAAAGCUAAUGAAGGUGAUUUCUAUCGGGUGCAGUAUUCUGCAGUAAACCAUCUUCACGUGGAUAUUCACCCAUUUUACUCCAAGAAUGGCAUCAUGACUAAAGACACUUGGCUUCCAACCCAUAGACAAGAUGUGGAGUUUCCAGAAAGAUUUUUACAGCCAUUAACUAAAAUAGAGUUUGCUGGUCUCAAUGCUAGUGCACCAAAUAGUGUCAAAGAGUUUCUAGAAUUUAAAUUUGGUGAGGGUGUUAUUGAAAAUCCUAAAUACCCAAACUUGCAAAGUCCAAAAUAAUUACCAAAAUAUUUGUCACUGAACAUGUUAUGUUCUAUGCGCUCUAAACUGUUAUUUGACAGUCUCAAUGGUCCAGCUUCAAAAUCUCAUGCUGUCCUUGGGUUAGGUUGUAAUAAUCUUCAAAUGUGAAGGAACGUCUGAAACAUAUAAACAACACAAAUAACGAUUCAGGGAAUUAAAAAUGUAUGUACAACAUGAUAUCUGUAUCUUGUUUGUUUUUUCUCCACAGAACAUUUUCUAACCAUUUUUUAUGGUUUGCUGUUUUCCCUUUUUUUUUCUGUGAAAAUUGUUUUUUUUUUUUAAUUUUUAAUAAUUAAAUGUCGUUGCCUUAUAACUUGAAAAAAAAAAAUCUUAUCUUAAAGUGGAGGUUUCAUCAGUUUAUAAACAAUGUGGUACAGCAAUCUGUAUUGUAGGCCUACAUGCAGUUGUAUAAUAGCUCAUUCAUUUCAUUGUCCCUUGUAUUUGUUAUGAUUAUAAAUAUUGUUUUCAAUUAUCUUUUUUUUAAAAACCAAUAUUACCAGUUGUUCUUAUAAUUCAGUCAACUUUUAAACAGUGAAGCUUAAGCCUCCCCACUGUUACAAGUGUUCACCAGGAAAUGAAUUUAUUCUGGACUUGAAAUUCCACUCCCAUCUCCUGCUUUGUUUGCAGAUUUUGUCAAUUUCUGAUGAUAAGACAGUCUUGUGUCUAGAAAAAUGUUUUCCUAGACUAUAAUGUCUGAAUUCAACAUUGUUUUACAUUCAUAUUAGAAGUCUUGAUUAUUUACUUUGGUGUAGAACACAAAAUCAGAAAUCAACAUUUAAAAAAAAAUGUGUAUUGUGUGUGUCUGUGGGGGAUUCUCAUGGGUCACAUCAUGUUGUGAGCUUGGCAUUGAGUGUUUCCAUCUUUGGGUUUUGCUUCUGGUGCAAGUGUUCAAAAUAGCAGGGCUAGAAGGGAGUUCAUGUUCCUAGAAGUCUUUGAGUUUGUUUGUUGUCAUAUAUCUUGUGUACACGUCACUCCUUAGUUUGAGGACACUUUCGUUGCUGUUGGCAUUCUGUCACUUUUUUCCCCUUGUUAAAGAGUAACUUAGGUGGCCUUAACUAGACACAAUGUAAAGGCGCGUCGUCGUUGUGACAGUUUUGGCUUAGUGUUACAGGGUGCUAGGCCUUGACUUACCUUGAGCUGUGUGUUAUAUCUUAAUAUUUGUGCUUUGCUACACCAGACCUUGGUCAGUGAUGAAACCAACUUUCCGUUGUUUGGUUCAGACCUCGGCUAACACAGAGCCAUAGUAUUUGAUAUUCCUGGGCUGUUAAGUCUAAAGGAGAUUAGGUGUAUUAACUAUCCCUAUGUUAUAAAGCUUGAUACUGUAAUGCUUUGUAUUUAUUAUGCUAUAUUAUUUAUCAUCCAUCUAUGCAAUUCAUGUGUUAAAUUAAAUUCUCUUUUGAUACACGAGUGUUAACCAUUUAUUCAAGGUUUUUACUUUGGUCUGUACAUAUUUCAGUUUGUGUGGCAGUUGAUUUAUUCUUUAUCUUGAACCUCUGUUUGAGAUGGUCGAGCAUCUCAUCAUAGAUUGCCCAGUAGCUUGAGUACUUUUGAAUGUAGAUGGAGGGUAGAAUUGUUGAUAGGUUUUAAUAGGCUUUACAUUGGCUGUUUCAAUGAUGAUGGUAUUCUUUGUCUUCCACUCCUUUUUUUUGGUUUUAGCAGAAGUUGAUAUGUAUCAAAAAUCAACCUAACGUUUUAGGCUAAUUCUUUAGAAAGAGACAUUUCUUGAACAUAUUACUGGACUUACCCAUAUCAAACAUUGGACUUACAUGAAUAACAAAUCUCAAUUGUAGGUCUACUGUUGUAUUGAAAAUGAAAGUGAUUCCAUAGCUGUUUUUUUUUUCUUUGUCCAGCUUUUGUUCGCAUGCUGUUUAUGUAAAAUCAUUUUGUUUUGUUGCAUUUUUAAAUGGUUUCUUUUAAAGACCAACCUCUAGUACUGACCAAUAGUUGAAGAUGCUCAACAUGCAGUGAAACUUUGUUAGCAAGACUAUAUGUAACACAACUUCAUAAAUCAUAACACAUUCACCCUAAAACCUGCAACAGAAGGUUGGUUGUGUUAGCUUGGUUCCCUGAAUAAGUUAUUGCUAUAUCUUCUAGCAAUGCCCUUCCAUCAGAAUAACAUACAUCAGUGUAAAGAAUGAUAUAUUGAGUUUUGUUAGCCAACUUAGAAUGUUAUAUUGAUUUUUAUUUUUUUAAAUGCUUCUGUGAUAAACUUGUAUAAAUCAAAAGCUCAAGUUAAGUUUCCCAUUAAAUUACCUCAGAUUUUAAUAAUACCAGUCAUAGAAAUACUGACUCAGACUAUAACUUGUAUAAUUUCAUAGGAAACAUUUGUAUUUCAUUAAAAAAUAAUUAACAAAAUAGUUCUCCAAAGUUUUAUAUAUCUGUAUAAUUUGUUAUCUUACACUUUGAGUUUGGCUUCUUUAAAAUAUGUAUUUACCUGAUGUAGUGUUUUCGUUUACCUUUUUCUAACUGCACAACAUUGUGUUCAGAUUUUUAUUCUGCAGAAAUUGUUUUUUUGUUUUAGAAACUAGAUGUUUAUCAUGUUAACAUUUGGUGCUUAAAAUUGAAUACACUAUUGUACAUAAUGACAUUCCACUACUUUAAUUAAUACUCAAUGGUUUGAAAACAGUUUACACUGACAUAUAUUGUUAUACAAAACUAGAAUGUUAUUUUUGUUUAUACCAAUCAAUUUGUUAUAAAAUGUACAUUUUUUGUGUGUUUUUAUUGACUUAUUAAAUAUAUAUGAUAGAC